AUGGUCUUCCUGCACGACAAAAUUUCAAGUCAAGUACGACACACCAUCAAAUACGAUCCGCCCGCGACCUCAAACAGGUGCAGCAAUACCGCAAUACAUCCGGUCACACCGCCAAGGAAUAUCAGGAUGCACUUCAUCGCCACAAUUCAGCUCUUGCUGUCAGUCUCCGUCUUCGGACACUUGCUUCUGCUCAGCAACGUUUGGGACAAGCUCAGCUCUCUUACGUCCAAGGAAACAAGUGGCGUCUAUUCUGAUCUGGAUCUACCUUCGACUUGCGGCAAAAGCUCUUGCUUGAGCUUGAUGCCAAAUGUCGCUGCUUAUCGAAAUGUCCAUGAAAGUCUGCGCGCCAAUUACCGAGUCCUUCAAAGCUGGGCCAGUACACAUAAUGAACUCGAUAAGUAUUUCUUCUUGCAGCUGCUAUACUUGGGUCCGCUGCCUAAUCCUGAGCUCCUUGAUUUCAACAGUCUUCAGCUCGGCGACCAGCUUGAGAGGGGAGCAUUUCGUUUGGUUCGUGGUUUGGCAAAUCUCAGGGACCAGGUGGCUCAGCUUACCGUCGAUCUUGGUGAGACCCAAGCCGAUGAGGCACUCAAAGGACACUACUGGUUCACAUGCAAGACCACGCACCUCGGUUCCAAAGACGGUCUCGAGACAUCUGCCAGAGGCCUUCGAAGGAGCCACCAGACUUUGCACGCGACUGCGUCGCGAAUGUCUGACAUUUUACAGUCUCUUGCAGACCUCCGCAAUGGUCUGCGUGCCUUGAACGCCUUGAUUCAACAUGAAUACGACUUCCAAGCCAAUGCAAGAGGUGGGCUUAGCGGGUUUGGUACCAGAUUGCUCACCAGCAAAGACAUGACGUUGGUCAGUCUGCACAGUCUCGUGGAGAUUCGUGAGAUCAUGGCCGAAAGUCUUUCGCCCACUUCGGUGCUAGUGCAAAAGCACAGCCGCAAGGCGUUUGAGGCUUUCAGACUUGAUUUCCAGCACGAAGAAACGAAGCUGUACACUUUAUUGAGCAGCUUACCGUCUAUGGAACGCGCAGCUGCGCUGAAGAAGACUCUCUGUCGGUUUCAGCGCGUGCUCUGA